UCCUCUCGGGCCAUGCACACAUAUGGGGUCAUGUUGGGGCGAAGGUCAAAGCCACCAAUUUGAAUAUCAUGAAUGAUGUCGCCCUUCUCAUACUCUGCACGAUAGGCAUCGAAGAUGGGCUGACCACCUUUGCCAUACUGGAUCAAGAGACGGGUAAAGUCGUAUUUCUCCAGCUCCGCGAUGAACGACUCAUGGAGGACCGCUUGGAUGAGCUUCUCGAACGGAGCUGUAGCCCCCACGGUGACCAAACAGAGCUUGUGAACCAUCUUGGAAGUUAAAAAUGUAUUUCUGAACGAUGAGAAAGACGUCGAGGAAGAGAUGAAGUUUGAUCUAAUGUUGGUGUCACUGUCGCUGCUGUUGAUGAAGCAAAUCACGUGCUAUGCUACAAUGGGGCUAGCGUGGAUCGGACUUUGGACAUCGGAAAACAUCGAAAAAGGUGCUUCCGCCAACCUAUCCGCGCAGAUCCAGAUCCACGCCCGCAACAAUGGCUUGUGUUGCUCGGUCAUUGACUCGCUCGGCUCGAGUCCUGGCUCAUCGGGGGCCAGGGUUCGUUCCUACACGGUUCUUUUCAGUCUCGCCAUUCCGAUUCGUGACAGAGGACCCCGUCAUCCCUCCACCCCCGAAGGACCUUAAAGCGGAGGACUACCCACCAGUCCCUGAAUAUUCGCCCGACCUUCUGACCAAGGAGGAGAGAUCUAUGUAUGAUAUGCUGUCACCGGAAGAGCGGGCGGCCUUUGACGCCGAAAACCAACGGCUCGUGGCCGAUUUCAACAAUCUCGAGAAGCGCGCCGCGGCUUUCGCGGAGAUCCAAAAGAGCGUUGACCAGAUCGACAAACAAGAGGACAUUCGUUUCGAGGAUGUCCGAGGUAAGGUCCGGGGCUUCUGGGCUGAGGAUGACGGAGACGAGAUGGCCCAGGUUGAAGACGGCGACGAAGACAUUCAAGACGAUGAAAUUACUUCAAUGGCCCAUGCCGAGAUGGAGUUGCACCGGGAGAUGAGAGAGUACGCCCGCAUUGCGGCAUGGGACAUGCCAAUGCUGAGCAAGCUUGCCAAACCCUUCACGCUACCUCCUCAGACGCACAUCCUCCGCUUCCGCUACACUACAUACAUGGGUGAGCAGCACCCGGCUGAACCGAAGGUCGUUGUGGAGCUUGCAUCGCGUGACCUGACUCCCAAAUACCUCACGGAGGCCCAGCGCCAGACUUUCCUGAAGUUGGUCGGUCCCCGGUACAACCCCCAGACCGACGUCGUCAAGAUGUCUGCCGAGCAAUUCGGAUCUCGCGCGCAGAACAAGCGGUACCUGGCCGACGUGGUCAACACACUGAUACAAGAAGCCAAGAAGGGCGACGCGUUCGCGGACAUCCCUCUUGACUUGCGCCACCACAAGCCCAAGUUCCGCCCUCAAUUCCCCGAGUCGUGGAAUAUGACCAAUGAGCGCCGGCAACAAUUGGCUGCCCGCCGCAAGGAGCGCCUGACCGCUCAGUCGUCACGGGAAGCUAUCGUGGACGGCAACCAGGUUGUGUCCGAAGCCGUUCUGGCCCUCCCUGAGCUGAACCCGGCCUUGAAGGCCCGUGCUGCGGAAGAGCGGGAGAAGGUUGCUGUCAAGGUCGGAGCGCGUCAACCAAAGAGGCCGGUUCGUCGGUAAGGGACGUUGAUUGGCAAUGUAUAGUUAUGCUUUGCAUGGUCACUUUCUUUGGGUGUAAGACAAAACUGCGAUCAGACAUUUGCGAGGCGCGGGCGCAUAUUCUAGGAGGUCUAAUCGGCCCCAUUUGUUUUUCUCAAUGUACUAUAGCCACUUCACUUUUAUUGUUCCAAGUACCGGCGCCUCGCUGCCAAGCCCAAUGAUCGAAGAUAAUCAUAGUAUGAUCUGUAGCGAUUACAGUUUGUAGGAGGGCUUGGCCCUCUGUGGACAUAGCCAAUCAUUUUUCACGGUGUCACGGGACCACAACAGCACGUCAUGCACAAGGAUGCUGAGCUUAAAUCAACCUACGUUUACACGAUACUGAUCAAUUGGAAAGGAG